CGGGGGCGGCGGCGGCCCCGGCCCCCGAAGGAGAAGGAGGAGGAGGAGGAGCGCGAUGGAGCAACAGGCGCUGCCGCCCCCGCCGGGGGCCGUGGCGGUGGGCCGGGCUCGGCGGGAGCAGGACGCGGAGCCUCCCCGGAUUUCUUUCUGUGGAUCAAAAUCUUUCAGAAGAAAAAGUCCUGACAGUCCCAUGUUGAGCAAAGCUGAAUUUGUUGAGAAGGUUCGCCAGAGCAACCAGGCUUGCCAUGACGGCGAUUUCCACACUGCAAUCGUGCUGUACAACGAGGCCUUGGGGGUCGACCCUCAGAACUGCAUUCUCUACAGCAACCGCUCUGCAGCCUACAUGAAAAUCCACCAGUAUGACAAGGCCUUGGAUGAUGCCAUCAAAGCACGGCUCCUCAAUCCCAAGUGGCCGAAGGCAUACUUCCGACAGGGCGUGGCCCUGCAGUACCUGGGACGCCAUGCGGAUGCGCUGGCCGCGUUUGCGUCAGGGCUGGCGCAGGAUCCCAAGAGCCUUCAGCUUCUGGUCGGCAUGGUCGAGGCCGCCAUGAAGUCUCCCAUGAGAGAGUCCCUGGAGCCCACCUACCAACAACUGCAGAAGAUGAAGCUGGACAAGAGCCCCUUUGUUGUGGUGUCUGUGAUUGGCCAGGAGCUCCUGACUGCAGGCCACCACGGGGCCUCUGUGGUGGUGCUAGAGGCUGCCCUGAAGAUUGGCACUUGCAGCCUGAAGCUGCGGGGAUCAGUGUUCUCUGCACUGAGCAGUGCAUACUGGUCCCUUGGGAACACAGAGAAAAGCACUGGAUACAUGCAGCAGGACUUGGACGUAGCCAAGAGUUUAGGUGACCAGACGGGAGAAUGCCGAGCUCAUGGAAAUCUGGGCUCUGCAUUCUUCUCCAAAGGAAAUUACCGGGAAGCCCUUACUAACCACAGACAUCAGCUGGUGCUUGCCAUGAAGCUCAAGGACAGAGAGGCAGCAUCCUCAGCACUGAGCAGUCUGGGCCACGUGUACACAGCCAUCGGGGACUACCCAAAUGCUCUGGCUAGCCACAAGCAGUGUGUCCUCCUUGCCAAGCAGUCCAAAGAUGAGCUCUCCGAGGCGCGGGAGCUGGGCAACAUGGGAGCAGUGUACAUUGCAAUGGGGGAUUUUGAAAAUGCAGUGCAGUGCCACGAACAACACCUGAAGAUCGCCAAGGAGCUGGGGAACAAGCGGGAGGAAGCUCGAGCCUACAGCAACCUGGGCAGUGCUUACCAUUACCGCAGGAACUUCGACAAAGCCAUGUCCUACCACAACUAUGUGUUGGAGUUGGCCCAGGAGCUGGCUGAGAAGUCCAUUGAGAUGCGAGCUUACGCUGGCCUGGGCCACGCAGCUAGAUGUAUGCAAGAUCUGGAGAGGGCUAAGCAGUACCAUGAAGAACAGUUGCACAUUGCUGAGAGCCUGCAGGACCGAGCUGCUGAAGGCAGAGCCUCCUCCAAUCUAGGAAUCAUUCACCAGAUGAAAGGUGACUACGACACUGCGCUGCGGCUGCACAAGACACACCUGUCCAUAGCUCAGGAGCUGAGCGAUUACGCGGCCCAAGGCCGGGCCUACGGCAACAUGGGCAACGCUUACAAUGCCCUCGGCAUGUACGACCAGGCUGUCAAGUACCAUCGGCAGGAGCUGCAGAUUUCCAUGGAAGUCAACGACCGUGCUUCUCAGGCAUCCACACACGGGAACUUGGCAGUUGCCUAUCAGGCGCUGGGUGCCCAUGACCGUGCUCUGCAGCACUACCAAAAUCAUCUCAACAUUGCCCGGGAGCUGCGGGACAUCCAGAGUGAAGCGCGAGCCCUCAGCAAUUUGGGCAACUUCCACUGCUCGCGAGGAGAGUACGUGCAGGCAGCCCCGUACUAUGAGCAGUACCUGCGCUUGUCCCCAGAGCUGCAGGACAUGGAAGGGGAGGGGAAAGUUUGCCAUAACCUUGGCUAUGCCCAUUAUUGCCUCGGGAACUAUGAGGAAGCUGUUAAGUACUACGAGCAGGAUCUUGCCUUAGCAAAGGAUCUUCAUGACAAGCUGAGCCAAGCCAAAGCCUAUUGCAACCUGGGCCUGGCCUUCAAAGCCUUGAUGGACUUCAGCAAAGCAGAGGAGUGUCAAAAGUACCUGUUGUCCCUGGCACAGUCUCUGAACAAUUCCCAGGCCAAAUUCCGAGCUCUGGGGAACUUGGGGGAUAUUUUUGUCUGUAAAAGAGAUGUACAUGGUGCAAUAAAAUUUUAUGAGCAGCAGUUGAGCUUAGCCCAUCAUGUUAAAGACAGGAGACUGGAAGCCAAUGCCUAUGCGGCCCUGGGCUCUGCAUACAGGAUGGUACAGAAGUGUGACAAGGCUUUAGGUUACCACACGCAGGAGCUGGAGGUGUACCAGGAGCUGGGGGAUAUGUCGGGUGAAUGCAGAGCACAUGGUCACCUUGCUGCAGUGUAUAUGUCACUUGGGAAGUACACCAUGGCCUUCAAGUGCUACGAAGAACAGCUGGAGCUGGGGCAGAAGUUGAAGGACCCCAGCAUCGAAGCCCAGGUCUACGGUAACAUGGGCAUUACCAAGAUGAACAUGAAUGUCAUGGAGGAAGCGAUUGGCUACUUUGAACAGCAGCUGGCCAUGCUGCAGCAGCUCAGUGGGAAUGAAUCCGUGUUAGAUCGGGGCCGAGCAUAUGGGAACCUGGGAGAUUGUUAUGAGGCUCUGGGAGAUUUUGAGGAAGCUAUAAAGUAUUACGAACAGUACCUGUCUGUGGCUCAAAGCCUGAACCGCAUGCAAGAUCAGGCAAAGGCCUACCGAGGCUUGGGCAGUGGGCACAGGGCUAUGGGAAGUUUACAGCAGGCUCUGGUGUGCUUUGAGAAGAGGCUUGUAGUGGCACAUGAACUGGGGGAGGCAUUUAACAAAGCCCAGGCCUACGGGGAGCUGGGAGGCCUGCACAGCCAGCUGGGCAACUACGAGCAAGCCAUCUCCUGCCUGGAGCGGCAGCUGAACAUCGCCCGGGAGAUGAAGGACCGAGCCCUGGAGAGCGAUGCUGCCUGUGGCCUUGGCGGGGUCUACCAGCAGAUGGGCGAAUACGAGACCGCCCUGCAGUACCACCAGCUGGACCUGCAGAUCGCCGAGGAGACCAACAACCCCGCCGGCCAGGGCCGGGCCUACGGCAACCUGGGCCUUACCUACGAGUCCUUGGGCACCUACGAGAGGGCAGUGGUUUAUCAGGAACAGCACCUCAGCAUUGCAGCACAAAUGAACGACCUUGUAGCCAAAACGGUGUCUUACAGCAGCCUGGGGAGGACUCAUCAUGCUUUACAGAACUACUCUCAAGCUGUGAUGUACCUGCAGGAAGGACUGAGGCUGGCAGAGCAGCUGGGACGCAGAGAAGAUGAAGCAAAAAUCCGUCAUGGCCUUGGCCUCUCCCUCUGGGCGAGUGGGAACCUGGAGGAGUCCCAGCACCAGCUCUACCGGGCCUCUGCACUGUUUGAAACCAUCCGACACGAGGUGCAGCUGAGCACGGAUUACAAGCUGUCACUCUUCGACCUGCAGACGUCCUCCUAUCAGGCCCUGCAGCGAGUGCUUGUCAGUCUGGGUCACUAUGAUGAGGCACUGGCAGUAGCAGAGAGAGGACGAACAAGGGCUUUUGCUGACCUGCUCGUGGAACGUCAGACUGGGCAGCAGGACUCAGAUCCCUAUUCUCCCGUGACCCUUGACCAGGUCCUGGAGACUGUGAAUGGCCAGAGGGGACUUGUUCUUUACUACUCACUGGCUGCAGGUUAUCUGUACAGCUGGCUGCUGGCUCCUGGGGCAGGAAUUCUGAAAUUCCAUGAGUAUUAUCUGGGUGACAGCCUGACAGAAAAUGCUGGGGACUUCCAUGAAGCCAACAGUGUGGCCCUGCAGACACUGACAAACUCAGCACUGGAGCAGCACAUCUCCAGCGUGCGGGAGGCUCUGGGAGUGGAUUCCUACUAUACCAGAGCCUGUGCUAGCAGUGAGACAGAGAGUGAAGCUGGGGAUAUCAUGGACCAGCAGUUUGAGGAGAUGAACAACAAGCUGAACUCCAUGACUGAUCCAACUGGCUUCCUGAGGAUGGUCAGCAGGAACAACCUAUUAAACAGGAGCUGCCAGAGCAUGACCAGCCUGUUCAGCAGUACCAUGUCUCCUGUUAAGGAUGGAACAUCAUCACUUCCAAGGAGGCAGACUUCUUUCACCAAACCCCCACUCCGUGCUCUCUACGACUUGCUGAUAGGACCCAUGGAAGGAGGUUUGAUGCAUUCCAGUGGGCCUGUUGGCCGCCACCGUCAGCUGAUCCUGGUUCUGGAGGGAGAACUGUACCUCAUUCCUUUUGCUCUCCUGAAGGGCAGUUCCUCCAAUGAGUACCUCUAUGAGCGCUUCAGCCUCAUUGCAGUGCCGUCCAUCCAGUCACUGAAUCCCAGCUCCAAGUCCCAUGUGAGGAAGAAUACUCCUGCUUACUCCAGUUCUACCUCAAUGGCAGCUGUUAUAGGAAAUCCCAAACUCCCUUCAGCAGUUAUGGACAGGUGGCUGUGGGGACCUAUGCCCUCUGCAGAAGAGGAAGCAUAUAUGGUAUCUGAGUUACUUGGCUGCCAGCCCCUAGUUGGCAGCUCAUCAACAAAAGAGAGAGUCAUGAGUGCCCUCACUCAGGCAGAAUGUGUCCAUUUUGCAACCCACGUCUCCUGGAAACUGGCUGCUUUGGUCCUGACACCCAACACUGACAGCAAUCCAGCCAGCAGCAAGAGUUCUUUUGGGAACCCCUACACAAUCCCAGAAUCUCUUAGGAUGCAGGAUGAUGCCAGUGAUGUGGAGAGCAUCUCGGACUGCCCUCCUCUUCAGGAGUUCCUGCUUACAGCAGCUGAUGUGCUGGAUCUGCAUCUUCCUGUCAAGCUAGUGGUUCUUGGCUCUUACCAAGAGUCCAACAGCAAAGUCACUUCUGAUGGAGUCAUUGGCUUGACAAGAGCAUUCCUGGCUGCUGGGGCUCAAUGUGUCCUUGUGUCACUCUGGCCCAUUCCUGUGGCUGCUUCCAAAAUGUUUGUGCACGCCUUCUAUUCCUCUCUGUUAAACGGGAUGAAAGCCAGCGCAGCCCUCGGAGAAGCGAUGAAAACCGUGCAGAGCAGCAAGCAGUUCUCCCAUCCAGCCAACUGGGCAGGUUUCAUGCUUAUUGGGAGUGAUAUGAAGCUGAACAGCCCUUCUUCGCUGGUAGGACAGGCCCUGACUGAGAUCCUGCAGCACCCUGAAAGGGCCCGGGAUGCUCUGCGUGUCCUGCUUCAUCUGGUGGAGAAAUCAUUGCAGCGAAUCCAGAACGGGCAGCACAACUCCAUGUACACCUCCCAGCAGAGUGUGGAGAAUAAAGUUGGUGGCAUUCCAGGCUGGCAGGCGCUCCUCACGGCGGUGGGAUUUCGGUUGGACCCGCCUGCCAGUGGCCUCCCAGCAGCAGUGUUCUUCCCAACCUCAGACCCUGGGGACCGGCUGCAGCAGUGCAGCACCACCAUCCAGUCCCUCCUAGGUUUGCCUAACCCUGCACUUCAGGCACUUUGUAAACUUAUCACAGCUUCAGAAACAGGAGAGCAGCUUAUCAACAGGGCUGUUAAAAAUGUGGUGGGAAUGCUGCAUCAAGUCCUGGUUCAACUUCAGGCAGGCGAGAAGGAGCAAGAUUUCCCCUCUGCACCAAUCCAGGUCUCCAUCAGUGUCCAGCUCUGGAGGCUGCCUGGCUGUCAUGAGUUUCUGGCAGCUCUAGGUUUUGACCUUUGUGAAGUUGGCCAAGAGGAGGUCAUUCUGAAAACUGGGAAACAAGCUACCAGGAGGACCAUGCACUUUGCUCUACAAUCCUUGCUGGCACUUUUUGAUUCUACAGAGCUGCCCAAGCGCCUUAGCCUGGACAGUUCCUCAUCACUGGAGUCACUGGCUUCUGCUCAGUCUGUUUCCAACCCUGUACCCCAGUAUCAAAACCCUCCAUUCUCUCCUACCUGUCCAGAAGGCAUUGCCUCAGAUGCCAUUUCUGUGUACAGCCUGAGCUCCAUUGCUUCUUCCAUGAGCUUUGUUUCCAAGCCAGAAAACAUGCUGGAUGGGGCAGGACACAGAGGACGCCAGGAUUAUGAGAGGCCCAAGAAUAUCUAUCCACACAGGUCUGCAGCUCAGAGCCAGCUGUCACCACAAGCCACUGCAGCCAGCAAAGAUGAGGAAGAGUAUGAAGGUUUCUCUAUAAUCAGCAAUGAGCCUUUGGCCAAUUACCAAGAAAACACAAAACCAGGGUUUUCCCCUGAUCACAAACAGCCCAAAACUAGUCAGAAUGGAGGCAUUAAAGUGUCCGUCAACUCCAAAGGGAGCAUAAGUACUCCAAAUUCUCCUGUUAAAAUGACUCUCAUCCCCAGCCCAAAUUCACCUUUCCAAAAAGUUGGGAAACUUGCAAGUUCUGAUACUGGGGAAUCUGACCAGUCUAGCACUGAGACUGACAGCACCGUCAAAUCCCAGGAGGACAGUAAUCCAAAGCUUGAUCCGCAAGAGUUGGCCCAAAAAAUUCUGGAGGAAACUCAGAGUCACCUCAUUGCUGUUGAACGUCUUCAGAGAAGCAGCAGCCAGAUCAGCAAGAGCAACAGUUCGGACGAUGGGGCUCCCAGCCCGGCCGGCGUGUCCGCGUUCCGCUCCUCGGAGACCAGCGCCUUCAGCCGGCCCGUCAGCUCCAGCCACAGGAAUCAAUCUUCACCUCUUGCAAUUAAACCAAAGCCUCCAACGAGGAGUUCAUCCCUUCAGAAGGUGAGCUCUGGCUAUAACAGCCCCACAACAUCGGAGAUGUCAAACAGAGAAGGCACAGGCCAGUACAGUGGGCAGCCAUCUCCAGGUUGUGAUUCACAUGGGUCGCUAACUGAGCAGCCUCCCUUUAAACUCAAGUACCCCAGCUCUCCUUAUAGUGCUCAUAUUUCUAAAUCACCCAGAAAUAUCUCUCCCAGCUCAGGGCAUCAGUCUCCUGGUGGCAGCACUCCAUCUCCUGCUCUUUCUUAUUCCUCAGCUGGUUCUGCUCGCUCAAGCCCAGCUGAUGCCCCAGACAUAGACAAAUUAAAAUUGGCUGCCAUCGAUGAGAAAGUGCAAGCGAUUCACAACUUAAAGAUGUUCUGGCAAAGCACUCCCCACCACUCCACUGGCCCAAUAAAGAUUCUCCGAGGAGCUCCUGGAACAAUGACUUCUAAGAAAGAUGUCCUCAGCUUGCUCAAUUUAUCUCCACGGCACAGCAAAGAAGAAAGUGCAGAGAAGCUGGAACUGAAGGACCUGUCUAUUGGGCAACACCUUGCUGCUUCGCCACAGAAGAUCCCUCCAAAUGGACACAGACGCCCUGAAACCACAAAUGCCAUGACAUCAGCUCAUUCCUCACCUGGCAAUACUCUGGGAGCCGUGCGUCCCCUGAGACUGCCAGCUGGUAAUGGGUAUAAAUUUUUGUCACCAGGAAGAUUUUUCCCUUCCUCCAAAUGUUGAAAUGUCCCAAGUACCAGCUGAUGACUUACAGUCUUGUUAAAGUAUUUGCUUCUGCCCACUUGCCUUUACAAAAACAGAAUCAGUAGCUAAGCAGCCGUGGUCAUGCCCUCAGCUGGCAGUGCCCAGGGAUGGGACAGGCUGGCCUGCUGUCACUGUGGGGGCACACGGCCUCACACACAUGGGUUUUUGUUUCCCUUAUCAGAACCUUGGCCAGACUCACCUUAUAACAGGUUCUUUGUAGUAUUCAGUAUUUGCAGCAGCAGGUGCAAAGCAUCUGGUUGUCUGUUCAUUAAAUACUGGCUUUUAAGCCACCUCCUUGUAUUUCUUAACCAGAAGUUUUACAGCUGGCUUUUUAUACAGAAAUUAUACAUAUCAGGGGUUGGAGAGGAAAGGGAGAGGAGGCAGAACAUUCCUGUGUACCACAAAGAACAUAUGUACAAGUCUCUGCCUGGAGAAAGAUGAGCCAUUUACUGGACUGCUUUCAAAGGCUGACAGAGGAGAAGACCACAUGCCUCUAGAUACCUCUGCCAGGUUGGCCAAACCAGAAACUGCUGUCAGUAAAACUCCAUAGCAGCAGGAUCUGGCAGUUCUGUUGCAUCAUUUAGAGGCUGGUGAAACAAAGACAAGAGGAGAGAGGUGCCCCAUUCUAAAAUAUGCAUCUCAGGUAACUUUUCUGGAUGGAAACCCCUCAGAUGAGAUUUUGCUGGUUGGUCUGCUCAAAGGAAAUGUUUGGGGCCUAAAAAACCAGGUGAGCCUGAGUGUGAGGUAGUGAGUGUGUGUCAGAGAGACAAGUUCUGGUUUUGUUGAGGGCUCUGGUCUCUCUGGCACACCACAUUGUGAAGGUGAACUUUUUAUCCUGGAAAGUAUUUGGGCAGUACUUAAGUCUCUGUCGGCUCAGUGGGCACAGAAAAGGAUCACAGAUGCUGCAGCUCAGAACGUUAUUUUGCAGUUCCAUGACAGGCAAGAAUGUGACAUCAGUGUGUGUGAUUCAGACAUCACCUGACCAAAAAAAUCCCUCCUUGAUCCUGCUAAAUCAUUGCCAGGGCUCAGUGCAGGCAGGUCUGCAAACCUUUUCCCUGCUGUGGAGGCAGGUUUCCUUCGGAGCAGGUGUGGAAACAAGUUUCCUUUGGAGCAGGUGUACCAGUGGAAGCAGCUGUUGGUGCAGCUGGAGCCAGAACGCGAGGCAGCAAGCGGAGGGGCUGGAUGCAGAACCCGAGUGCCCUCUGACGUGUGGAGGAAAGGGGACCAAGAGCACCCCCAGGGUGAUGUGUACAGUCAGCUUCCCUAGGCUAGGUGGGGUUUAGGAGUUAGGGGUCAGGCUGGAGAUGGUUUCUAAGCGGCUGUGCAAUGCAGUGAUGUGAUCAGGAUCCCAGUGAUCGUUUACAUGCGCUGAAGCCGUGGGCGUGCGGCAGCAUCAGCCCCGCCACGUGAGCUCAGAUCCACGCAAGGUAUUCACAGGCCAUGGGCUAUGAAGUCAGAGCACUGGAUCACCAAGGCUUUUGGUGUCUAUUCUGCACUCCCAGGAUUGGCUGAGUGACUGAAGGCUAAUCACUUCACCUCUCCGUGCCUCGUCUUCCCUUUCUGUCUAAAUGGGGAUAGUAAUACUUACCUACCUACCUCACAGAGGUGUUGUGAGGCUGAAUACAUUAGGCCCUGAGUUUUAGCUGGAUCUUAAGUCAACUUCCAGCCUUGCAGCUGAAUGGAGAGUGCAGGUGGCUCUGUGGACGUACCAGAGGUAUGUUGCUGAUGCAGAGAAUUGUGUACUUAGCAUGGCUGGAUGCUCUUGUUGCAAACACGGAUCUGAUACUUGGAGAUUUUCUUAGGGAUCUUGGAGGAGAAGCAUGAUAGCAGGGCAGAGAAUUCAGUUCUGAUACGGAAACAUGAAAUUGCUUAGGCUCAGCUCACAGCAUAAUCAGAUGCUUGCUGUGAGAAUAUUCUGGAAUCUGCUGGUUUCUGGAGAAUGUUUUCCUUUUUAUUGUUGCAAGAAAUGAACACAAGCACUAAAGGCAAAGGAUAUUGGGCUGGGUUGUUAACAGCCAGCUAACGAGGGGGGAUCACCAAAGUUUUCAGUGCAGAGAGAAAGAGUAGUUACCUACUCAUACACAAUGUAGCAGAACAGUUGAGUCAAUCUGUUCAAGUCAUUAUGGUGCAAGUUAUUUGUCUGUACAUGACAUCUUCCUGUGAUGGUUUGGUGCUAAACAUCACCUUUGUGUCAUUUGGCAGGAAAAAUUAGACUAGUGGGCCAAAAUGAGUCAGCACAGCAUCUGCCCCUUGUGGAGACAGUGAUGCUGUUGAUCAUGCCACUUGCUGUGGUCACAGGACUGCUGAGAGACUACGUGUGACCUGCUCUGUUUCUAACCAGCAUAAACUUCUUGAAACGACAUCCCAGGAACACCCAGGAUGGAAGUGGGCAGCUUUUUGUUUAUAGCAACAGCAAAUACUCCCUGUAGUGCUGCAUAACAUGCCAGAAAUAAGCCUCUUCGUUGUAGUUUACUUCCAUAACUAAAGGAUCUUUUAACCUGUAGAAAUUCUAUGCUGCCAUUUUGUUACAACCCAUUUCUGUGCUCCAGCAGGUUUCAUGCUGGCUUAAAGCUUUCAGACAGAGCUAAAUCGGGGUGGGGGGUGCGGGGAAGUGGUUCUUCUGUUGUUGUUUUUAAGGAGGGGGGAGCAUUAGAAGCAGGGAAGGGUUUGGAUGUAGAGAAAGUUCAGUAUUUGGGAAUUUGAUGUUGUAUAAAUAUGGAAGGUGAGUGUCACUAGAACAAGUCUUUUGGGAAAUAGGUCUCCGUUGACUUGGCACAGGUCACUUCCAUUGGCUUGCCGGGAGCCAUGAAAUGCAUGCUUACUCGUGGCUGGGAGACACUGCACACCUUGUCCCUCACUCCUCCACCUCCUGAAUGAGAAACAACCCCUUUGUGAGGAAAAGAGUUUUAUCAGGUUUGCCCAAUAUGUGGAGAAAUUCAGGAAAUGAAAAUCACACAUUUUCCAUUUGCUAUUAGAAUUCCUUCUGUGGGUUUAAUGCAUUUGUCGUUGUUGUAUUUGUGCAUGGUACAAGUGACAACACUGCGUAAUACAGUGAGCAAUAACAAUUAGGUAUUAACCACUUUCACAUUAAACCUGCCACAUGCAACCAUUCCCCAGGGCCAUAGAAUGUUUUGGUUUUGCCCUGUACGUUUUACUGUGUGAGAUUUCAGAUUUUUUUAUUGACUGUCUUUAGCUCCAGCUAAAUGGGAACAGUAAACAACCCCUGUGAUCAAAAUCUAGUUUAAUUUGAUUUUGUUGGUUAGCCUGUACCUCUGGCCUGAUAAUUGGUUUUCCUUCUCUUUAAUCAUACCUUACUGAAACAAGGAAAAAAACAUUGAGGGGGUGCUACACCCACGCAUAUCACUCUAGGCCAUAUUUUCUUUCAUUAGGGCAAGCUCGUUCUGUGAACAUCUCUUCCAAGUUGCAGAACAGAAUCCAGGGGCACAGAGGUGUCUGUGAAUCUGUCAGGAAGCACUGGUAGUUUCAGCUGGAUGGUGAUAAAGGGUUUGAGCAGUUUUGGGUUCAUUGCAUUGCCAUGCUGCCCAGCAGGGCUGCACGGGUGUGUGGACACUCGUCCCCUCAGCUGCAGAAGAGCGCUGGAGACAGUGACCCAGAGAGGAUGGUCAGCAGAGGCUUCCCAGCAGCAGCCCUUCAGCACUCGCUCUCCCUAUGUGCAGUGUUAGCCAUGUUUGGCCUCUAUGGACUUUCUUUGUAAAUUAAAACUCUGUUUCCAGACAGCAUUAAACUUUUUAUAUUAUGAAAUUUACCAUGUAAAAAGAUUUUCAUAUUUUUAUUGAAAUUGCUAAGGCAUUUGGCCUUUCUUCUUUGUGAUUUCCGUGUCUAUUAAAGCAUGAGUUCUCUCAGUG